GAAUUAAUUCAAACUUUUGAUUUCAAACAAUCAUUUAAAACACAAUUAUUUUAUUUGUUUAAACACAACAACACCAACAAAAAUAUGUCACAAAAGUAUCAACGAUUUAGCGACGAUCUGAAAGAAACGUCAAAAUCUAUGUCAACGAUGACGACGACUACAACUAAGACUAUGGCGACUACCGGUGCCGUCAACGGCCGGUCUAAUCCCGGUUCGGUCAACAAUAACAUGUCGUCGUCAUCGCUAAAGACCGCCGAACCGACCAUUGAGAUCACACGCGAAGACAUUGAACAACAACAGCAACACAACCAACACCAACAACAACAUCAACAGCCAAACUGUGCCGACCUAUCGUACGGUUAUUUUAUAUCGCGCCGGGAGAAAGUGCGCCGAAUAGUCGAGCACCUGUACUUCCGAUUGUUUGGUUUGGCACUUAUUGUUGUCGACCUAAUCCUAUUGAUUGUCGACCUGUCAACCGAUGAUAAGUCUAGUAAUCAAGAGUUUGUGUUCAAUACGUUGUCAAUGAUUUUCGGUACCUAUUUUGUGGUCGAAGUAACGCUAAGAAUAUACGCAAAAACUAUGCAAAUAUUUUUCAUCGAUAUGUUGGAUACGCUGGACUUUGCGGUAAUAUCAGUGAGUUUUAUCGUGACUGCCGUCUAUUGUUUUGUUGAGAUGAGUGGCUAUACCCGACUUGUACUGUUUGGUCGUGUCGUCCGUAUUGUCCGUACCGUUAUUCUGGUCCGCCUGUGCUAUACAGAGCCCCGAAAUCUUCGACGCGGUGCCCGACAAGUGGUAUCGGAAAACAAGCGCCGUAUCCGGACGUCGCUGUUUGAUUUGGACUUGACUUACGUAACCGACAAUAUCAUUGCCAUGUCGUUCCCGUCUACUGGUAGGAUGGCUUUCUAUCGAAAUAACAUUAAGGACGUGGCCGCCUAUUUGGACAAAAAUCACGGCCCGGGCAACUAUAAAGUGUAUAAUUUGUGUGCCGAAAAACAGUACGAUCCGAAAUAUUUUCACGGCCAAGUUGGCCACUACGGUAUCGACGAUCAUAAUGUGCCGUCACUGCAACAGAUAAUGGACUUCUGUAAGGAUGCCACCCAAUGGUUGAAAAGUAGCGCCGAUAAUGUCAUUGCCGUCCACUGUAUGGGAGGAAAGGGAAGAACCGGAACUAUGAUCUGUUCAUAUCUGGUAUAUACUGGUAAAUACCAGACCUCUCAGCAGGCGUUAGACUAUUUUGCCGAUCGCCGUACCGAUCGAAGUAAGGGCGAGAAGUUUCAAGGAGUCGAAACACCGUCACAGUCGCGAUAUGUCGACUAUUUUACAAAAGUUAUGACCCAACUGUCCGGUGAAAUACCCGAACCGCGACGACAGCUACGAUUGAAAACAAUAAAAAUUAGUGCACUGUUAGGUGUGGGCAACGGUAACGGUUCCGAUCUUCAGUGUCAGAUUCACGUAAACCGUUUGCCAAUGUUUAACAUGGAUUUCGGUGCCCAAAGUAACUGUCAGACUGAUUACGAUUCGCUGGCCGAUGUCCUGACUGUCGAACCGAUUAACUGUCCACAACUGGCCGGCGAUGUACGGCUAAAGUUUACCAGUCGGUCGAAAUCGGUUCCCCGAGCUUACGAAGAUUGUGCCUUUUAUUUCUGGUUUAAUACGGCAUUUGUCGGACCAGAUCAACGGGUUUUACGUCUAGACCGGACACUGUUGGACAAUCCGCAUAAGCCGAGCUCAUGGAGAUUAUUUAGGGAUCAUUUUGCUAUUGAACUAAACUUUGAUGACCAACAACAACAACAUAUCGACAAUUAUUUAUAAAUUUAUGAAAAAAAUUAUCAUCACCUAAGAAAAGUUAUAAAUAUAUUGAUAUAAUAUGUGUGUGUU